AUGGACAACAAUAAAAAUUAUUAUGAAGAGUUAAAAAAGAAAUACCCUGUUUUUAUUGGUAUUCAUAUUGGAGCAGGAUUCCAUUCAACAAAAUUAAGAACAUCAUAUAAACAUUGUAUAGAUAAUGCACUUGAAAAAACAUUAAUAUUAUUAUAUGAUAAAAUUAAUUUCAUUUUAUCGAUUUCAAAAGAAAAUAAUAAUAAUAAUAAUAAUAAUAAUAAUAAUAAUAAUAAUAAUAAUAAUAAUAAUAAUAAUAAUAAUAAUAAUAAUAAUAAUAAUAAUAAUAAUAAUAAUAAUAAUAAUAAUAGUAAUAAUAAUAAUAAUAAUAAUAAUAAUAAAAAUAAUAGUGUAAUAGAUAAUAGUAAUGAUAUUGAAAAUGAACUAAUCAAAUUAAAAAAUAAUUUUAUUGAUUCAACAUGGAUUGUUGAAACUGUUAUUACAUUUUUAGAGGAUGAUCCAUUAACUAAUUCAGGUACAGGUUCAAAUUUAAAUUUUGAUGGUAAAGUUGAAUGUGAUGCAAGUAUAAUGAGUGGUGAAUUCAUUUGUAAUUGUAAUAAUAAUUGUUUUAAUCAUCAUAAUAAUAAUCAAAAUAAUAAUAAUAAUAAUAAAAUUCAAAGAAUAUGUGGUGGUGGAGUUUGGGGUGGUGUUGGAUCAGUUGGUGGUGUAAAGAAUCCAAUUAAAUUAUCAGCAGAAUUAUUAAGAAAACAAUUACAUAAAGGUAAUACUAAAUCAUUAGGUAGACAAAGACCAAUGAUUUUAGUUGGUGAGGGUGCAAAGGAAUGGGCAUCAAACCAUGGUUUAGAAACAUUUGAUUCAAAUCAAUUAUUAUUAGGUGAUCCAUUAAUAACUCAACAAUCAAAUGUAAAUUGGUUAAAAUAUAAAUCUAAACUUGAAAAUUUUAAAAAUUUUAAACAUUAUUAUAAACAACAAGAACAACAACAAGACGAACAGCAACAACAACAUUAUAAUGAAGAUGAAAAUGAAAAUGAAAAUGAAAAUGAUGAGGGAAAUGGUGAUUUAUAUGAUACAGUUGGUGCAAUUGUUGUUGAUUGGAAUGGUAAUAUUUCAAGUGGUGUUUCAAGUGGUGGUAUAAUUUUAAAACAUUCAGGUAGAGUUGGUGAAGCCGCAGUAUUUGGUGCUGGUUGUUGGGCUCAAAAUGAAUUAACAAUUUUAAAUAAUAAUAAACCAAUAAAAUUAGCAGGUGUUGCAUCAUCAGCGACAGGUGUUGGUGAACAAUUAACACGUUCAUUAAUUUCAAAGGAAUGUUGUUUAAAAAUUUUAAAAAAAAAAUUCAUUGAUACAGCAGUUAAAGAAUAUUUUGAAGAUAAUUUUUUAUCACAUAAUGAUUGUUUUUCUUAUGUAAAUGAUUUAAUUUUAAAUAAAUUAUUACCACCUCCACCACCACCAACACCACCAUCCUCUUCAUUUAAAAUUGAAAAUAUUAACAAAAAUGAAGAGGAAGACCAAGAAGAGGAAGAAGAGGAAGAAGAAGAAUAUAGUAAUAAUAAUAAUUUAAUUUCAAAUUUUACAGGUUCAAGUAGAUUGGGUGGAUUAAUUACAUUAAAAAAAGAAACUAAUAAAAACGGAGAAAUUGAAAUUGAAUUUUUAUGGGCUCAUUCAACUGAAACAAUGGGUGUAGGUUAUAUUAAUUCAUCAAAUUCCAUAAAACCAAAAUCAUUUAUUUCUGUAAAUAAUUCAAAUAAACCUGGUUUUAAUUUUAAAAUCUCUUCAAAAUCAUUUAAAUUUAUAAAUAAAAAAAUAAAUAAAUAA